AUGAAAGGAGUUGUUAUGAAGUAUAUUCUUGUUUCUGUCUAUGAUAGCAAGGCUAAAAUUUAUUCGCCUGUGUCUCAGGUUGAAAAUGAUACUGUUGCUACCCGUAUGUUUUCGGAUCUUGUGAAUAGUGCGGACUCUGUUAUUGAAGAUGGCCUUCUUGAAAAGGUUGAUCGUGUUGCGAUUUGUAAUGGUGUUGAUCUUAAGCAGGAUUUUAGGGAUGAGGCUGAUAUCAAUAAGCUGGUUAAUCGGUUUUCUGAAACUGGCCAGUUUUAUGACCCCUUGACUAAUCAGAAUGCUUCUCAGCGUCAGCCAAUGUUUGGUGAUUUCACUUGUGCGCCUGAUUAUCAGGCCGCUUGUGAUCUUGUUCUCGAAGCAAACGCACGGUUUGAGGCUCUUCCGUCUGAUGUACGCGAACGUUUCGGCAAUGAUCCUGCCAAGCUCCUCGCGUUUCUCGAUGAUGAUGACAAUAGAGCUGAGGCGGUCAAGCUUGGUCUCGUUAACGCACCGCCAGAGCCGCCGACGACGCCGCCGACGACGACGGCGCCUGUGACGGAGUAA